CCUAAAUCGAGGUUUCCGCCACAUAAGAAAUCGACGCCUGAAAUCUUCUCCUAGAUGAGCGUGUUCGGCGGAGACAGCUGGGCUCGUGAGGCUCAAUACCGGAAGAGAAGAGUCGACGAUUUACUUUUUGAAGGCCUCGACGCUUCUGCUUACAAGAAACUUUCCAAUGGAAAAUUCACUUGCCUUGUUUGCCCUUGCAACCCUGUAUUCGACACCCCGCUUUUGCUCUCCAUGCAUGGAAGAGGAUCACGCCAUAAAGCUGCGGAAUCGAAGAAGAAGGAGAGAGAAUUAUGGAGACAAGAAGAGAUAAGUAAGAGAUUAGCAUUGUCAAAGUGUGAUACGUCCACCUCGGGCAGUAAUGUAUCUCAUGAACAAUGUAGAAACGGGAAGAAACCGUUGAUUGAGCGCACACGGAAGGCAGCUUCUGAGAUAUUUUCUAAUGAUAUCAUUGAACAGAGGAAUAAAUGUAGGAAACCGGAUGGUGAAUCUGUGAUUAGUAGUUUUGUAUAUGGUCAAUCUACUGAAAUGGAGGUGCCUCGAAAGGAAGUAGUUGUUGAUCAGGUGCAACAAUUGGAUUAUAGAGAGCGUCAAGAGAGGGAACUGAAGUUCACGGCUGCUGGCUGGAAGCGUGACUGCCAUGGCAGGUGGUUUAAGGAUGAAAAUGUUGAGUUUGAGUCUGAUGAAGAAGAUCCGAAUGUUGUCUUAAAGGGUAACUGAGGAGUAUCAUUAAUAGAUAUCUGCAAAUUAUUUUUUGUAUAUGACUGACGACAUUGUAACUGGUUGUGUGCAUUUUUCGUCCGUUAAGAUGCAAACAUAUUGGCAUCAUAUGCAUCUAGGAAAUGACCAGCAAUUACAUUCCUUGCUGAUGUGUCCCAUCACAAUUUGUAUAUUACGUGGAAACUAUUCUCAGCCUUGCUAACUGAAUAUUGACAUGUGACAAUUAGAUGAGUUUGGUCUUGUUGUAUUCUUUCUCUCAAUGUCAUUUUGAGCUUCUUUUGGGCAUAUAUGCUUUGAGGUUGGUUGACUAAGCUCGAAGUGUUUUGGUACUAGUCGAACAAGUUUGAAAACUUUUUGAUGAGAAUGGAUUUCAACUAUUUCUGUUUGAAUCUGUAUUCAUUAUUUCCCCAGCAUCGUAUUGAAAAAUGCCAUGCAAAGCUAAAACCUUGUAGAAGGUUACUUUUGGGUUCAUGUAGCUUUGUCAUGCCUUGGUAGGAGGCACCUUUACUUCGAAGUUCUUGUACUUUGAAACGAACAUGAGCCUGUCAAGUGUCGAGUUACAAUAUAGAUGUAUCGUUAGCUAUUAUAUUUACAUGACCAGCAUAUUUCCGAAUUUACCUAAGUUUUGCUUCCCAUAUAAUUUGAAAGACCUACUACAUUUCGGUAAUUGUUGCACAAACUUGCAUCUUUUUGGGAAAUAGUAUAUUGAUUUUUGAUUCUCUGAUAAUUGUAGAUGGUAACAAAAUCAGCUUGAUAUUAGCAACCAUGAAACUAAAUGCUGGGUCCAUUUCUAAUUUACAAGUUCCCCUUAAGUUUUGCAACAUUAAGAGGCAGCAAUAACUCGUGUAAAUACACUUGUAGUCACCUGCUUGAUAGCAACUUCUCCAUCAUGUGCAGCCUUCUACCAAGCAAAUAGCUUUAGCAACAUGUAAAAUGAUAAUAGCUAACCAUAUGCUGCUUCUCUUGAUGAUUAUAAGGUAUUGAGCUUUGUUGUAAUUGUUAUCGAAGCGGAUAUGUUACGAUCAUGAUAAAACUCAUUUAGUUCAUGUUUGUUGAAGUAUAUAAUUGAUUAUGAUUUGAUCAGUUCUUUAUAUUUCGUAGGACUCAUAUUCUUCAAAGUUUGCAGUUUAUAAGUUGACAAGAAUCGAUUUAUUGAAAUGCAAAUAUUUGCUAAAGUUAUGCCUACUCGUGACACGUGCAUUGAACACAAGUUAGAUAAAGUGAACUUUAAAGAAUUGACAUGAGAUGAAACACUUCACGUGUUUCUUCUUUAGUUUUGUUCACUAUUGUGUAUUAGGAUCUCAAGAAAUUGUGGAGGUCAUUAUUAUUAUUAUUAUUAUUCCUGUAAAUGGUUGCGUCAAUUCAUCAACCAACUCUUUCAUAUGAAUGUAAUGAUAGAACAAAGGAACUUCAUUA